GUGACGGCGUGCGCUGCUUGAAGGUCAAAUCUUCGUUUCCAGAGCUUCCCAUUCCCAUUACGACUCCAUAAGCGCGUGUUUUCCUAAUCUCUCUCGCCCUCGCACGCAAUUGCCGAUUCCACGUUUGAAUUUCAAAAGACAGGGCCUCCCUCCCUCCCUUUCUCUCUCUCUCGGACAUUAAUUGGACUCCGUUCUGCUCUCUGUCGAUCGUUUGCGGUGAUUUCGGCAGAGACAAAUGGCGAAUUGGGAGCUUAAAGGCUGUUGCCACCACGACCAGAAGGUCUUCCUCGCCACUAUCGGCAUCUUCACCGUCGUGAUUCUUGUGCUAUGGAGGACCUUCAUUCUCACACCUUUUAAACUGAUCACUGUAUUUCUUCAUGAGGCAAGCCAUGCAAUUGCUUGUAAGCUCACAUGUGGUGAGGUGGAGGGCAUUCAGGUCCACGCAAAUGAGGGUGGGUUGACACAAACUCGUGGUGGUAUAUACUGGAUAAUCUUGCCUGCUGGAUAUCUUGGUUCAUCAUUUUGGGGGAUGGUUUUCAUACUAGCAUCCACGACUCUGCUCACCACGAGAAUUGCUGCUGGUUGUUUUGCUCUUGCUCUGUUUAUUGUGCUCUGUGUUGCUAAAAAUUGGACCCUUCGAGGACUUUGCAUUGGAUUUAUAAUUUUCCUCGCUGUAGUUUGGGUUCUUCAAGAAUACACAAAAUUCCGUAUCCUCCGAUACAUCAUUCUCUUCAUUGGUGUAAUGAACAGUCUGUUUUCAGUUUAUGAUAUUUAUGAUGAUCUAAUAUCUCGAAGAGUUCAUUCAAGUGAUGCCGAGAAGUUUGCAGAACUUUGCUUUUGCCCUUGCAAUGGUGUUGCGUGGGGUGUCAUAUGGGGAAUGAUCUCUUUCAUAUUUCUUUGUGGAGCCAUUUAUGUUGGACUUGUCAUCUUGUCUUGAGGGUUAUACCGACCUGCCUUUCCUUCAUGAGAACAGGCGUGCAAUAUGCGACAGAGAUAACAAGUUAAAUUACAUGGGUCUGUUUGUGGUCUGAUGGAAGGAUAUUGCUGCUGCCUUCGCAGUCAUUUUGAAACUACACCUACCUGUGCUCUCAUUAGCCCCUACCGCUCCCUGUAAUCUUACAGUGAAUUCAAACAAGCCCCUCUAAGCUGGUUUCUCAGCUAAUAUUUUUUCAAACGGACCAAGAAUUUCGUUACCGUAGAUGCUGAGGCUUUUGAUGCACAUGGAGCAUCCAACAAGGCUAAACCUGUUCCAAGCCUUUACUAACGCGCUUCUUACAUCAUUACAGCGACUUGCUCCUCAUGCUGGACUACAAGAAUUUUAUCGAACAGCUUGAGUAUAUUACAGAACUACAAGUCCAUAGAAAUUAACGGCUUUUUCUUUUCAGAACAUCAAGAAGGGGUGCAUAAAACCCUUGGUUUCAAUAAGCAUCCUAGAAACUGCCCCUAACUAUUCAGCCAGAAUUUUCCCAAGUUAUCAGCAUGGUCCACCUGAAAAUGCCAAGGUGAAUAUUAAUCCAAACAUUAUAAACAAAUUCUGGAAUGGAGAAGCAUAUUAGUGGUGUCAUAUGUCCAAAUCGUCAUCUGGGUCCUCGUCAGAAUCUGGCAUCUCAUCAUCUGAAUCACGAAAGUAGAUAAUCUCGCCCUUGGCAGGAU